CGAUGAUGGGAAUCAAAUGGAUGGAGCUAGACUGAAUCGGGAUUUCGUGCAGCAGUUGCUUUUGCGUUCCCGUCAGCGUCUUGCUCGCUGAACCGCGGUGCAGAUUGCCAAACUGCCCGAUUUUCUCCACUUUCGGCUUCCACCAUUUCAAAACCAACACACUGUGGAGCCGUUGUUCCUUCUGAUGUCUCCGUCUGAAAACAUCGGGAAGACAUGCGCCAAGUUACUCAGUAGACGUUCUGUGUCGAACAGCGGGCGCCGCAUCUCUGCUUGCAAGCACAUUUUGGGGUCACUUUUCCGUGUGCUUCACCGUUCCGUUUGUCCAAGAAGAAGUGGAACUUUGAACAAAUCUUUGUCUCAUGUUGCCCUCAUCACCAGAAAUUGUGCAGAAAUAAAUUAAGUGGAGAUUCUUUCCCGAAACACCGAACUUCUUGCGUUCUCUGUCGCGGAUCGCCCGCUGGGCCCGUCUGACCGCCGGUCGGCUGCCGAAUUUCCUUCGACGCCGAGCAAAUUUGCAAGGCACUUUUACCGCUCGAUUGUUCGCCGCUUCAUUCGCGGCUCUUGAAGCAGAUCCUGGAGCCGCUACACCGAAACGUUUUAGACCCAGACUCGUUUCCAUCGUUCUGCCCGCGUCCGUGUCACGAAGACGGCGCUUUUCCUGAGCGUGAAACUCUCUUCUUCAGUGUAGUCCUAGUCCAGAGAGAAGGCGAUGCCAGCAAGUCUACACAACGGUUUCGGCCUGAGCUGCCGGCAGAGGGGGCGCCUUUUCGGCACUGCUUUCUCACCCAGUCUUCCCGUUGUCUGUUCACCCUCUCAGCGGGCCUGAUCACGCUAAUGCAAACCAUGGUGUACGGAAUUGUGAUCUUUGCGAGUGAGGGCUCUGUGCCCUUGUUCUCGUCCUUCUACACUCCCGAAGGGAAUGACGAGCAAAUGCGAAAGCGGGAACAGGCGGUCAUUCGCCGCGUCGUCGAGGACCAUCUGUUCCAAGUUCAGUGCACCCGAGACGUUCUCUUGGCUUGUGCCCCGUCGUCCAUCGCUCCGACGCCCUCAGCUUCUUCCGGUUCUUCCUUGUCCGCUCAUUCCUACGGAGGAAAGAGACUCACCGGCACCGGAGCGAGCGCCUCUGGAGGACGCGCGGGGCUCGACUCGCCGCAGCACCUCGCCACAAAUGCAGUCACGGGGCCAGGUGGACAGACAGCGGACACAGAGGGUGUGGGCCAUCAUGGAGGCAUGCUUGCGUCUGGAGGCGGCGGUGGAUUUCGCUCUUUCCGUGGGCGCAGCGGCAGGCCGCAAACCCAAGCGCAAAAACGAGGCGGUCCAGGAAACUCGGGCGCUCAGGCGCCGGCGCCGGGAGCCUCUGCCCUCGAGGCCGCAGAGGCUGAAGCGAAAAGAAGAGAAGCUGCUGCAACUGCGGCGAGUUUCGCGGCGGCUGAAGUGAUGGAAGGCGUUCUGCUUCUUCAGCCCUCUUCGCUCUUCGCCUCGCCGAAAAUAGUUGUUUGGAAACACGUUGAGAGCAUAAGCUACGCUCUGAUAUGCGGCGCAGUCGAUAAUGUUCUCCUUGGCGCAAACUUCCUCACUUUGUUCGUUCAUUGCCUCGCCGAGUGCUUCGCCACUGACAAGAUCAUCUCGACGCAGCUCUUUGCUCAACAGCUCCUGAGUCGACCGGACAUUAUUCUUCUCGUUCUCCAUUUUCUGCUGCCGGGUGGGCAGCUACUGUUCAUCAACGGCAGCCAGGCGAAGUUUCUGAAGGGUAAAAUCAAGGCAGCGCUGGACCAGAAAAAAGGCUGAAGUGCAUGGUGAAUGCAGGCCCAUCCUUGGAGCAGCGUUGUUCUCGAAUAGACAGGUUCUCUCUCUCGGCAUCGACCAACUCGUCUGUUUCGCUUGCUCUCUUCUGUGUGGAUCUCACUCGUCUAUGUUCAUGGAGUGAGUGCCCAGGAGUCCCUGGCACUUGAUAACGAUUUCGUCUUCCAGCUUCCAAAUACACGCCACAUUAAAGUGAGCGCAUGAAAAAAACUAGUCUAGGACACACUCCUGUUACGUCGGACUGCCGGAUUUCUGAUUUUUCAGCGGCGCUUCGCAGUAUCUGGUACACUUGCUGCCCC